GAAUUCCCAGAGGUUCAGCUAUUCUCUGAAGAUAUGUCUCAGGCUCCUGUUGCGCCCCGUCCGAAGAAGAGAUCGAAACCAGAGGCUGGUUUUUCCAGGCGUGAAGAGGCAAGGUUUCAGGAUGUUAGAAUAUUCCUGGUAGAGAGGAAAAUGGGCCGCAGCAGAAGAAGCUUUCUGACCCAGCUGGCGAGGUCAAAGGGCUUUAUUGUGGAAGACAUUCUCAGUGAUGCAGUCACACACGUGGUGUCAGAGAACAGCCAGUCGUCUUCUCUCUGGGCUUGGCUGAAGGGUUUCUCUUUGUCGGAUCCUUCCACAGUGAAUGUGGUGGAUAUCAGCUGGUUCACUGACAGCAUGAGAGAAGGACGACCUGUUGCUGUGGAGACCAGACACCUGAUUCAGGACAUCCUGCCGGAAGCUCCUAAGGCUGCCCCUGUGAAUAAGGUUUCUCAAUACGCCUGCCAGAGACGGACAACCACAGAAAACUACAACAAGAUUUUCACAGACGCAUUUGAAGUUCUGGCUGAAAACUAUGAAUUCAAUGACAUUGAGGGACGGUGCUUGGCCUUCAGGAGGGCUGCUUCUGUCCUGAAGAGUCUUCCCUUGGCUGUGCAGUGUGUUGGGGCCACACAGGACCUGCCAUGCCUGGGUGAACAUACUAAGGCUGUCAUGAAGGAGAUUCUUCAAUAUGGACGUUCAUUUGAGGUUGAGAAAAUACUCUCUGAUGAAAGGUGUCAAACCCUCAAGCUGUUCACAAGCGUGUUUGGGGUUGGACCAAAAACAGCUGAGAAGUGGUACCGCAGAGGGCUUCGCUCAUUCAGCGAUGUUCUGGCAGAGCCCAGCAUUCAUCUAAACCGGAUGCAGCAGAGUGGUUUUCUGCAUUAUGGAGACAUCUCCAGGGCUGUCAGUAAAGCGGAGGCGCAGGCCGUGGGGAACAUUAUUGACGAGGCUGUCCAUGUGAUCACACCGAAUGCCAUACUAGCUCUGACAGGUGGCUUUCGGAGGGGGAAGGACUUUGGCCAUGAUGUAGACUUUAUCGUGACCACACCAGAACUGGGACAAGAGGAAAGCCUUCUGAUCGACGUGAUUGAUUAUCUGAAAAAGCAAGGACUUCUGCUCUUCACUGAUCAUCAGGCUUCUACCUUUGACAUAUCAAAGCUUCCCAGCCACAAGUUUGAGGCCAUGGACCACUUUGCAAAGUGCUUCCUGAUCCUACGUUUGGAGAGCAGCCAAGUGGAGGGAGGACUACAAAGAAGUGACGGGGACAGCAGAAACUGGAGAGCCGUGCGUGUGGACUUAGUGUCACCACCGAUGGAUCGUUAUGCUUUCACUCAGCUUGGCUGGACUGGGUCCAGGAUGUUUGAGAGAGACCUACGAAGGUUUGCUCGACUGGAACGACAGAUGCUGCUGGACAACCAUGCCUUAUACGACAAAACUAAGAAGGAGUUCCUGACAGCAACGACUGAAAAGGACAUCUUUGACCAUCUGGGCCUUGAGUACAUCGAGCCUUGGCAGAGAAAUGCGUAAGCCUCAGCUCCUCUCUAGAUGGAUGGUACCCUGUGUGUACAUCAAUGAUAACCCCAUCUGCUUGCUGUUCUCAAGCCUGUCCUGUGAUUUACUCUCAAAUGGCUUCUGAUUCCUGUAUCUCUUCUGUGUUGUUGUUGCUGUUCUCACGUGAAUUACCCACUGAUGCAUGAUUCAUAAUUCACCCUUGUUCACUAUUGUCAGCGAAUAAAAAUGCUCUU